AUGUUACACCAUUUUUAAUAAUUGUAAAAUAUUUGGAUUAGAAAAAUUAUUUUUAUAAAAUGGCAAGUAAUUGUAAAAAAAUUAAUUCCAAUAAUAAUAAUUUAUCAAAUGAUUCCUACAAAAGCAUUAGAGCAUUUAGAAGAAUUAUUAAAGCCUAUUUAUGAUUUGAGUAUUUUCAAGAUAAAGAAUAAUAAUUUUUGGGAAACUCAAAUUUCUUUAUUGAUAAAUACAAUUUUUGAAAAUUGUAACAAACUCUUAAUAUAUAAAGACAAUUAUUACAAAAUUAUAAAAAUGAUGAAAAAGAGAAAGUUAUGA